UGUGGUCUGGUGCGGACCAACCUAACGUGAUUUGUGCUCUGUAAGGCAGCUGACAUGUAACAAAUUCAGCUUUAGUAUCAAAAGUUGGAGCCGUCGUCCGAAACGACGUGGCUAAAAUGGAGUUACACGACGAUAAUUCCGCUGUUAAGGAUCGCAUCUUAGAAGACAUCAGGAAGGCGAUCAAGUUGCUCCACCAGCAGGAGGUGCAGCAGCUGAAGCGGGACGCGGCGAGCCGCGCGCCGUGCCCUGCGAUUGCUGCGCUGGUGAGCCACCUGGACGCCGGUCUGCGGCACGGCCUGCGCGAGCAACGCCCCGGGUACUGGCCGUUCGUCGCGGACGUCUCUCACUCGGAAACCCGGCGCACUCUGGCCGGCAUCUCCUCACCUUCAGCCAGGGGGAAGGCGUGGGUGCAGCUGGCCGUGUCGGAGGGUUCGCUGCGCAGCCACCUGCAGUGCGCAGUGUCGGACCGCGAGGCGCUGGCGCGCCACUACGGGGACCGCGCACUGCUGCGCGACCACGCGCGCUUGCGGCAGCUGCUGCAGCUGGUCGGGGUCGCGGACGCCGUCGCCGGGGGGCUGCUGCGACAGCGGGCACUGGAAUUGCGAAAACUGACAGAAGAGGAGUCUGGGAAAGGCACUCCGGGAGCAGGUGCGACGGGCCCCGACCCUCUGAUGAUGGCGUCGGCCACGUCGUCGCUGGCAUCGCCUGUAGACUCCGGGGUCGCCCUGCUGGAUAGCGACAGCGAAGCGACCACAGCCAACGGGGAGCCGGACGACGGGUCGAGUCUGCGGGAGGUGGAAGCCGCAUUCCACGACACGGAGGGCACCACACCUACGCCGUCUCUGGCCUGCCCGCCGCCGGUCGCCGUCGUGGAGAGCUGCGGCUCGCCUGCCGCGGAGACUCCUGUUGGCAGCGAGGGCUCGUGCGACGCAUUUGUGUACCCGAACUCGGACCCCGCGAACGUGCAGGACGCCGUGGAGAGACAGGUGCUGAACGAGAUUGCGCGACGCUUCAAGGAGAGCAACUCCCCCAGGAGGAAGGUGGAUAGUAGCACAAAAGCUGGUACAAACCAACCUGCUGACACAAAUAAGAUGAGCGAGCCUAUCAUUACGAUGUGCAAUGAAAAGAAGUACGAAAUGGAGGAAAAGUGUGAUCUCGUGAACAAAGAAGCCAGCAUAAUGUGUGACAGCGAAGCCAAGAACAAUGAGAAGAAUCGCAUCUACCACUCGCCAGAUAACAAGCAGCUAGAAGCGGCAGUUGGCGACACGGACGGCAUCGUCUUCCGGAGGCACCGCCGCCGCCGCAAGGGCAACGGCGACCCGGCGACCCCGAAGCGCGUCUCCUUCCACGGGGACGUGGGUGUGGGCGGGGCGACUGCCACGCACGUGCAGGGGCAGCAGUUCUCGGCGAGCUUCAUGCCUGCCCACCCCGUCGUCAAGAAGGACGUUGUGCCCGGCAGGUACAGCUGGUGCGCCGAAGGCGACGCACCGUUUGUGGAGCGCCGAGAUGGGGGAGCGGGAGGCACUCGCUCCGACGUGCUGCUGGCUUCUUCCACGUCUUCUGUGGCGACGACUGAUACGACCGGGACAGAAGGUGCAAAAGAUGCAGAGGUCAGGGCCUCGACUGACAGCCUCGAGGUGUCGGAGGAGCGCGGCAUCCCCGAGGGGCGGGAAGACCCCCCGAGGCCGGCGGGGACGGACCGUGGCGGCUACCGGCCCUCUGGUAGUGGUGUCGCCAGCUGCGGCGCCCUGACGGCAGGAGCUGACGACAGUGCAAUAGCGGCAGCAGCCGCCGCCGCCGGGUCUAGGGGAGGAUGCUUUGUACUCAGCGCCUCUCUUGCAAAAUUUGCCUCCAUGGCUUCUUCCAUAGACUACUGGUCAUCAGAUGAAGCGGACGGUGACGAGUCUGCCCUCACGGACAAGCGCCAGUCUAUGCUCUCUGUCGCGUCGUCAGCUCCGAGUCUGAAAGCUCGCAUAAGCCAACGGCGGCUGACAGCUCUCUCACAGAAGCCGUCAAAAGCUCCUCUCCUCCAAAGGUUCAUGCGCUCGCUGGCGGGCUCCGCGCCACGCCGGCCACUCCCACAGUGGCGCCGCGGACUGCCCGUCGCCGCCCCCGCUUCCCUCUUCCCGCGCCUCCCCUGUCCCGUCCCCACUCCCCCCAUCAGCGCGACCGACUCGCCGGAGAGGGCGGUCGCCCUCGCGGCCGCCGACGCGACGUUUGCCGCGGAAAUGCGCCAGCUUGCCGCGCAGAAGAUUUCUGCCGCAGCUGCAGAGGCGGACUGCGGGCCUCCCGGCGAUGUGGAGCUGGACCGUGAAAUUGCACAGAAAGCAUUCUCUGCGACUGUCUUCUGUCGGCCUACUGAGACACUGUACAAGGUGUACAAGGUGAGCAGCUCCUACUGGUCCCCGGACGGGGCAGGCCCUCGCCCGCUGCUGCUGCUGCUCACCGACUGGGGCGUCUACGUGUGCGGCCUCAGAGCCAACCUGACCUACUGUGCCGUGCUUGCUCUUGCCUACAGGGACUUGCACACUGUCAUUGCGGGCCCGCGGCUGCAGACGUUGAUCCUGGUUCCGGAUCCCGUGACACACCCACUGCCGCCACUAGCCCUGGCGACGCCAGAUGGCGACUGCGCACGCUCGCUGCUCUGCCACCUGGACGUGGCGGCGCGCCGGGCGUCCGCCUCGCAGAAGGUCCCCGGCGGCCCCAGGGCGCGGCUGCUGCUCCCGGUGCGGGGCAGACCGACGGCUCCGGCAGUUGCGGAGGUGUCGGCGGAUGACAUGGCGCGCCUCAAGGCUCAGUUGGACGUGAGUGUCGUGGAGGCUCCCCGGCGCGUCACGGGUCGUCCCCAGUCAGAGGGUAGUGUGCGGAAAGUCCCGGAGAAAGGGAUGGGCUCAGCAGAUGACGAGGUGGGCACAAACGUGCCGCAUCCAGAUGGGGUGGCCGCGUUCCGCGAGUACUGCCGCCGCUGCGUCGUUUUUUUUCUGCCGUCCCGGCACGACUCGCGGCCCGCAGACGAUUUCCGCAGGCACGCUUUGGUCUUGCAGAUGGCUCGGUCAGUAGCUGAACUUCCUACAAAAUAUGAGGUCUGGAAUAACUUUAGUAGCCACACGGCAGCGUUUCCUUCGCUCGUACAGUUGUCAGAGUCGGUGGGUGUGCCGCAGGUGGAGGAGAUGGUGCACUACGCGCUGGUGCGUGUCCAGGACGAGCAGCUGAGCCCCCCCUCGACCCCCCUGGGCCCGCAGCGACAGGGAUACCUGAUGGCGCGCGCCUCCGAGGACGAGCCGUGGCGCCCCGCCUUCUUCAUACUCAAGGCGGGCGUGCUGUACCAGUUUGCGGACCAGGCGCAGCGCCUGCCUCUGAGCGCCCUCCUGCUGGGGGGCGGGCACUGCCUGGGGGCGCGCCGCAUCGCCGUCGCCCACGCGCGCCCCCACUCCUUCGAGCUGUGCACCGCGGCCGACGGGGACGGCUCCGGUGCGGCGGUGGAGGGCCGCGACAAGCGCGUGCUGCAGAUGGCGGCCGCCGACGAGUACGAGGCCUCGGAGUGGCUGCAGGCGCUGGUCCAGGCUGCGUCUGGGCUGUACGAGGUGGAGCGGGCGGAGACGGUGCCGUGCUCGGUCGUACUGACGCCGACGUCGGUGCUGACGUGCCGCGAGCACUGGUGGCCGCGCUGGGUGGGCGUCGGCAGCCCCGGGGGCGGCGCGGAGGGGCGGCGCGGGCGGGCGGAGACCCUCGCCCGGGCGCCGCUCGCCGACAUCACGUCCGUCACGGUCGCCACCGACAGCGACAGCUGGUGCAUCCUGGAGUUCUCGUGCCGCGAGGUGCAUGCCACGAGCGGAGACUGGGUGCUGUACUUCGCGUCGCCACGCGAGAUGAUCGCCUUCAGGGAGGCCCUGCGCGCACUGUGGCCCUCUGUUUCAAAGAGAGAAUUCCCGCUGCGCGGCCGGCUGGAGGAAGGUCUGCACCGGCGCUGUGUGGAAACGGCCCUGCAACUCGCGGCCGCCUGGGACCAGCUGCUGCCACUCGGCUAGCUGCGGAUGAAUGCUGGGCAUUGGAAGGGUGUCUCUCUGUAAUGUGCGGUGCGGAACAGAUGGUCGAGGAGCGGGAGUGUCUGCCAAAAACUGGGCCUCGGCCACUCCCCAGCUCUUUCUGACCCCAUUCCUAACCUUUUUCGCUACAGUUCCUGAGAUUUGCCUCUUCUCUUCUGACCACGUAUCAAUAGUGCUAUGCCAGUUAGCAGGAAAACAACUCUGCAGCCAAGAAAAUCAGUAAUCCUAAAAGGAAAAGGGUAUACUACAAUACUAGCAAGAGCCUUAUCUGUGACGUUUGUCUUCUGCUCUGUAUAUAAGAUAUCUCAAAAUCUGCUGUUUCUUUCUCUCAUGUUAAAAUUCUUAUUUAGACACUCUGUGCUCAUUCCCUACUGUUAUCUUCUUGUCAUUGUUAGUAACUAUAUGCAUGAAAUUAACUAGUAUUAAUCGUGUAUGUAAAAUUCAUCAAAAGUAUUGUACAUAAUUGUUACCAGCCAUUCUCAAAGCAGUGCAAACCAGAGUCAGUUUGUCCUGUCAGUAUUGACAGGACUAAAAUAUGUAUGUCCCAUCAGUCUGAGCUUCUCGAACCAGAGUCUACUUUUACAGGAGUACAAUACAUUUGACCAGGGUGAGUACGAUACAACAAAUUAUAAAGAAACUCAUAGAGGUUGGGAUCAGAAUUGGUGUUUAAAGAGAGCUUAUGUGAUAGUUAUAUUUCAGAAUUCAAACAGCAUUGCUAACUGUUUGUUUUGCACAUUUUUGCCCUCUUCUGACAAGUUUUAUAUAAAUUAACCGAUUUCUGAAGUUCCAGAAAUGGCCAUUCCAUGUUAUUCCUCCACACAUGCACUAUCUUUACCAUGAGAAAGCACUCUCUUGUUCUGAAACAUAAACACCUCCUGUGUUUGAUAUUUUUCAUUAAAGCAUGGUUUCUGCCACUUAUUUGAAAUUUUGAUUUUCAGGCAACAGAAGUGAGAGGUGUACAUGGGAGAGGAAAAUGUUGCAAGUCCCUCAAUAGAUUUUUAAAAUGAUACACUACACUUGAACUUGCAUGCUAAACUUUCAUUCUUCACUAAUUACAAACGGAAAACAACAGUUAUAGAUAUAGUACGGGGUGGUGACUGAGUCAUUCAGAUUGACAGGAAGUAGCUGCAUGAAUUAGUAUAAUGGCAUCACGGUCCCAGUAUACAAAAAACAGAGAAGUUAUUUGCAAGUUAAAGAAUACUAAAGGGGUGAGAGACAGAAGUUGAGACACGUAAAAGCAAAGUGUUACAGAAAGCUGGAGAAGGAGACAUAAUUGGGUAAGAAAGGAGCAUAUAAACAAUCUGGCUAUGAAGAUAAUGACAGUAUUUGUUUGUAUUGUCCGCCUAGCCUAUACUUCUGUCCUAUAUUUCCUUCCCCUCUCUCUCCUC